AGAGUUAGGCUUAGCGGCGUCUUCCGCCAGGUCGUCGGCACGUCGCUCCGGAGGUGGGACCACCUCCCGGUCCCCGCCUUCCCAGCGGACAGUUUCCCAACCGCCGUUGCUAAGCGGCCGUUAUCUGGCCGCGAGGUGCUGGGCGGCGGCCGGUUGCAGACGGUGGUCACCGGGCCUCAGGAGGUGACCAUGGAAAAAGAGCUUCGGAGCACCAUUCUUUUCAAUGCAUACAAAAAGGAAGUCUUUACCACCAGCAAUGGCUAUAAAUCCAUGCAGAAAAGACUUCGGAGUCAUUGGAAAAUUCAGAGCUUAAAAGAUGAAAUCACACCUGAGAAGCUCAUUGGGGUGAAACUAUGGAUUACAGCUGGGCCGAGGGAAAAAUUUACCGCAGCUGAGUUUGAAGUCCUAAAGAAAUACCUUGAAGGUGGUGGAGACAUCCUUGUGAUGCUAGGAGAGGGUGGGGAAUCCAGAUUUGAUACCAACAUUAACUUUCUCCUAGAAGAAUAUGGAAUCAUGGUUAAUAAUGAUGCUGUGGUUAGAAAUGUGUAUUAUAAGUAUUUCCAUCCUAAAGAAGCGCUAGUUUCCAAUGGAGUCUUGAAUAGGGAGAUUAGCCGAGCUGCAGGGAAGGCCGUGCCUGGGAUCCUUGAUGAGGAGAGCAGUGGAAAUAAUGCCCAGGCUCUCACCUUUGUCUAUCCUUUUGGUGCCACACUGAGUGUCACGAAACCUGCAGUGGCUGUGCUGUCCACAGGCUCUGUCUGUUUCCCGCUUAACAGACCCAUCCUGGCUUUCUAUCACUCGAAGAACCAAGGUGGGAAACUGGCAGUGCUUGGCUCAUGUCACAUGUUCAGUGACCAAUAUUUGGAUAAAGAAGAAAACAGCAAAAUCAUGGAUGUUGUUUUCCGGUGGCUCACGACAGAAGACAUCCACCUAAACCAGAUUGAUGCUGAGGACCCAGAGAUUUCCGACUACAUGAUGCUGCCUGACACAGCUGCCCUGUCCGAGCGGCUGCGAGUGUGUCUCCAGGAGGGCGACGAGAACCCGCGGGACUUCACCAGCCUCUUCGACCUGUCCCUUUACCAGCUGGAUACCACCUCCCUCCCAAAGGUCAUCAAGGCUUAUGAACAGCUCAACGUGAAACAUGAACCUCUCCAGCUCAUCCAGCCUCAGUUUGAGACGCCGCUGCCAGCCCUUCAGCCAGCAGUUUUCCCUCCUACUUUCAGGGAAUUACCACCUCCUCCGCUGGAGCUAUUUGACUUAGAUGAGACGUUCUCCUCUGAGAAGGCCCGGCUUGCUCAGAUUACCAAUAAGUGUACUGAAGAAGACCUGGAAUUCUAUGUCAGGAAGUGUGGCGACAUCCUCGGAGUCACCAAUAAGCUCCCAAAGGACCGGCAAGAUGCCAAACAUAUCCUUGAGCACAUCUUCUUCCAAGUGGUGGAGUUCAAGAAGUUGAACCAGGAACAUGACAUUGACACAGCAUUCCAGAACAACUUCUGAGGACCAGGCCUCUUGAAGCAUCUUCUGCCUCCUGAUUCUUUGUAAACUUUUUGAAUUAUCUCUGUUUUUUAUGAAAACUGUCUGUACAGUUUUUCCUCUCUGACCUGUGGGAAGGUCUGUGCAUCUUCUGUAGUGCCCAGAGAGGGACAACAUUUCUUAUGUAAGAUAUGUUCUGUUUUUUAAAUUAAAUGUUUGAAUCUGUA